CUGCCCAUGGGCCUGCCUCAUCCAGGGGUGGGAAGGAAGCGCGACUCCUCAGCUCCUGCUCUCCGCUGGCGCUUCACUUACGGAGUGAUUGAAGAAAGAGACGGACGAUUUCAUUUAUGGCACAUGUAGGAUAUUAUGAGGACGUCUCGAGAAGAAAUCAGAAGGUGUUUUUCACAGCCCAGAAGUGAAGAAGUGUUGGUAAAGACCGCUAAAGCUGAGCACAAAGACGUUCAGUGAGCUGCUAGCUUUCGAUAGCUAACGUGAACCACAACGGGCUUAUUAACAACAGUCGCAGUGGAUAAAGAUAUCGCGUUGUAGUCGAUUGAGGGCUUUUAUCUAGUUUUAUGAUAAGUUUAAUUACACCUGUACGUUUUAAUUGGGAGCACAACGAUGGCUUGUUUCAGCUUUAUCCAUUGACUGAAUGAUCUCUGCAUAGCUGGGCAUGUUCUGCUAGUCAAUGCUGAGCUUCAACGUGAAACCAGGAUGUGGUACUAGCAAAACACGCAUUGUUGAUCUAAUGUGUUUGGACAUUUAUAGUGUGAGCGAUAAAGUGUCUUUGGAGGAGUUUUUUCGUGUGGGUUGUGAUUCCCCUGCGGAUGGAGUAGAUCUCUUACUACCUUGCACCUGAACUGAAACCGGGAUACAACCAACUCUUCUGAGGGAUUAUUUUGUACCUAACAGCUAAGUGGAUUUCGGCCUCCUGUUCAGGUUCGUCGUGGGAGCACCGUAAUUGUUUUGACUUGGGUCAGGCCGUUUCUGCAUUGUUCUUUCUCCCAGCGGACAUCCCUCUUCACCUCCGAUGCGGAGAAUUCAGUAGCACCGGCAACCACGACCCCCAGGCGGCCGGACAUGCUCAAGUGUAUCCCCCUGUGGCGGUGCAAUCGCCACGUAGAGUUGGUGGAUAAGCGGCACUGCAAUCUGCAGACGGUCCCCGAUGAGAUAUACCGCUACAGUCGCAGCCUGGAGGAGCUGCUCCUUGAUGCCAACCAACUCAAAGAACUACCCAAGCCUUUCUUCAGACUACUAAACCUCCGGAGGCUUGGACUGAGUGACAAUGAGAUCCAGAGACUUCCUCCAGAGGUGGCCAACUUCAUGCAGCUGGUGGAACUGGACAUUUCCCGAAAUGACAUUCCUGAGAUCCCUGAGAGCAUUAAGUUCUGCAGAGCCCUGGAGAUCGCAGACUUCAGUGGAAACCCCCUCUCCAGAUUACCAGAGGGUUUCACUCAACUCCGUACACUGGCUCACUUAUCUCUGAAUGAUGUGUCUUUGCAGACAUUGCCCAACGACAUUGGAAACCUGGCCAAUCUGGUAACGUUGGAACUCAGGGAGAACCUGCUCAAGUCACUUCCCACGUCACUUUCCUUCCUGGUGAAACUGGAACAGCUGGACCUUGGCAGUAAUCAGCUGGAAGUAUUGCCUGACACACUUGGUGCUCUGCCCAAUCUGAGAGAGCUGUGGCUAGACCGAAACCAGCUGUCUGCAUUACCACCAGAGCUUGGUAACCUGAGGAGACUGGUGUGUUUGGAUGUGUCUGAGAACCAUGUGGAGGAGCUGCCCUCAGAGCUCAGCGGCCUUAUUGCUCUCACUGACUUGCUGCUCACACAGAACCUGCUGGAGGUGGUCCCGGACAGCAUAGGCUCCAUGAAGCAACUGUCCAUUUUGAAGGUGGACCAGAACAGACUGACACAUCUAACAGACUGUAUAGGGGAGUGUGAAAACCUCACAGAACUUGUCCUGACAGAAAACCUCUUACAAUCACUUCCUCGCUCACUGGGCAAGCUUAAGAAGCUGACCAACCUGAAUGUAGACCGCAACAGACUAAGUGGUAUUCCCAAAGAACUAGGGGGCUGUGCCAGCCUUAAUGUCCUCUCACUCAGAGAUAACCGCCUGGCCAAACUGCCUGCUGAGCUUGCAGAUGCCACUGAGCUGCAUGUCCUGGAUGUGGCUGGGAACAGAUUACAAAACUUGCCUUUUGCUCUAACAAACCUCAACCUCAAAGCCAUGUGGCUGGCAGAGAAUCAGUCACAGCCGAUGCUCAAGUUCCAGACAGAGGACGAUGAGAAAACUGGAGAGAAAGUGUUGACAUGCUACUUGUUGCCACAGCAGCCCUCUCCAAGCCUAGAGAACCUGCUGCAGAACAGUGUGGAUGAUAGCUGGACAGACAGUAACCUCAACAGAGUGUCAGUCAUUCAGUUCCAGGAGGAGACCAAAGCAGAGGCAGAGGAUGAUGAUGACGCAGAGCGAAGAGGCCUUCAGCGCAGAGCCACGCCACAUCCCAGUGAGCUGAAGGUUAUGAAGAAGGUAAUUGAAGAGAGAAGACAUGAAGCCUACACGUCGAAACCCGAUGGAGAAGAUGACGACACAGACUCGCAUGAGAAACGUCUGAGUGACAUAUCCAACCAGAGCCAUGAGUCACAGGUGUCCAACAGUACUGCGUCUGCUGCCUCACACGAGGACAGGAGUGAUGUCCCCACGGCCCCGCACAGAGACAUGGUGGACGGACACGGUCACCAUCACGAGGAGGAGCUAGACGAGAUGGAGGUGGAGUACAUCGAGCCAACCGUGCACUUUGCAGAGGAACCCAUCAUUCGUGGUGGUGAGGAGGACGAGGAUGAGGACGGGGAAGUGGGAAGCGACGAGGAAGAUGAGCGGCCCCCUUUUCCAGCUGAGAAACAACGUCUUAUCAGAAAAGACACGCCACACUACAAAAAGCACUUCAAAAUCAGCAAGCUGCCCAAACCAGAGACUGUAGCUGCUCUGCUCCAGGGCUUCAGUCCCGAUGGGGUCAACUCUGCCAAUCAGACAGUGGACAAUGACCAGGAGGAGGAGGAGGAGGAGGAGGAGGAGGAGGAAGAGCAAUCUUUCAGCACCACCCAAAAUAAUCAAAGAAUAGAUGAGGAAGAUGGUAGAAAUCAGGUCAACUCCAGUCAAGUGAAGGGGGUGUCAUUUGAUCAAGUCAAUAAUCUGCUGAUUGAACCUGCUCGAAUUGAGGAGGAAGAGUACACCUUGACCAUCCUGAGGCAGACUGGAGGCUUAGGAAUCAGCAUUGCUGGGGGAAAAGGAUCUACCCCUUAUAAAGGAGAUGAUGAGGGAAUCUUUAUUUCUCGAGUAUCAGAAGAAGGACCUGCUGCUAGAGCUGGUGUUAAAGUGGGAGACAAACUACUAGAGGUCAAUGGGGUGGACCUCCAUGAAGCAGAACACCACACCGCGGUAGAGGCUCUGCGUAGUUCAGGGACUUCAGUUUCCAUGACGGUGAUCAGGGAGAGGAUGGUGGAGCCGGAGAACGCCAUCACCACCACUCCACUGAGGCCAGAGGACGACUACUUUCCCCGUGAAAGGCGGAGUAGUGGGCUAGGCUUCAAUGUGGAUAGCGCCCCCAGUGGUCCGCGCCAGCGCCUGACCACCUGUCUCAUCCGCAAUGACAAGGGCCUUGGCUUCAGCAUCGCAGGGGGCAAAGGCUCCACACCAUAUAAACAAGGAGAUACAGGCAUCUACAUCUCUCGGAUAGCAGAAGGUGGAGCAGCACACAGAGACAGCACUUUGAAAGUUGGCGACAGAGUCCUCUCUAUCAAUGGUGUAGACAUGACAGAGGCCAGACAUGACCAGGCAGUAGCGCUCCUUACUGGCACCUCCCCCACUAUCGCUCUGGUGGUAGAGCGCGACCUCAACCCCCCCUCUCCAGGACAGAACCGGGCCCGCGCCCACUCCCCGCCUCCCCCAGAGCCCUCGGACUCUCCUGACCAGGACGAGCAGGGCACACACCUGGGCCGCCUGGAGGAUGAGUACCCCAUAGAGGAGGUGACUUUGGUUAAGUCAGGUGGUCCCCUCGGUCUAAGCAUUGUUGGAGGGAGUGACCACGCCAGCCAUCCAUUUGGUAUCAAUGAACCUGGAGUUUUCAUCUCAAAGGUCAUUCCUCAUGGUCUGGCUUGUCAAAGUGGGCUUCGUGUUGGGGACAGGAUUUUAGAAGUCAACACGAUCGACUUGCGUCAUGCUACACAUCAGGAGGCAGUGCGUGCCCUGCUGGCUAAUAAACAACAGAUCCGAAUGUUGGUGCGACGGGAUCCCUCUCCACCAGGAAUGCAGGAGGUGGUCAUUCAUAAACAGCCUGGAGAAAAGCUGGGCAUCAGUAUUCGAGGUGGAGCCAAAGGCCAUGCAGGCAAUCCCUUUGACCCCACAGAUGAGGGGAUCUUUAUCUCCAAGGUGAGCUCCACUGGCGCGGCUGCUCGAGAUGGCCGUCUGGACGUGGGCAUGAGGAUUCUGGAGGUGAACAACCACAGCCUGCUGGGCAUGACCCACACUGAGGCUGUGCGUGUACUCCGCUCAGUGGGAGACUCUCUGGUGAUGCUGGUGUGCGAUGGCUUUGACCCAGGGAAGGUGACUGCAGUAGAGGCUUCUCCUGGGAUAAUUGCAAACCCAUUUGCCGGAGGUAUUGUCCGAAAGAACAGUUUGGAGAGUAUCUCUUCCAUAGACAGAGACCUCAGCCCUGAGGAGAUGGACAUCAUACAGAAGGAGGUGGAGAUGGUGAGGGAGACUUCUCAAUGGGAGCGCGAGGAGAUGGAAAAAGUGGAGCGUAUGCGUUUGGAGCGAGAGGAGGCAACUCGCCUGCUAGAAGAAGAGACGGAGAAUAUUGGACCUGGGCCGCUAAAACUUGACUACAAAACCCUGGCGGCUCUUCCAAUGACCAGCUUACAGAAGGUCAACAGGGUAAGUCAGCAUCUGCUUCUGACUGCUCCCAUGGCAGCCCCUCUUCAGGCCAAGUAUGUUGCUCCUAUAGACCCUCUGGGGUUUGACUUGAGGCACUCCCUGGUGGAGCAGGAGUCCUGCCCCAGCCUCAGCUCAGACCAGGAUUACCUCUUUCCUAAUGGGACGUCUGCCUCUGUAAGUGAGUGCUCCAUCACCACUCUGGACUCCUCAUGUGCUCCUGACGAGGAGGAGUGCUUGGUGGAUUCUCAGCCAAUGUGCUUCAAAGAGAAUCCAUUCUUGGUGGCCAACCGCAAGGGCAAAGGCCUCCCACCGGGUCAGCGAAUCCUGUCUGGACCUCCAGUGGGCUACGGUAAACCAGGCCAACUACAGCCAUGGCUCCACAGCAAGGCACCAUCUGGUGAUUACACCAGGACUGAGAGUCCCGUCAGAGAAGCCCCUUAUUCUCCUACUGUACAGCCUGCAAACAUUCAUUACACUUCCACCCCCACUGCCAAGGACAACUUUUUAUCAUCCACACGACCAGGUGCCAUCCAGCCAGUGGGGCGUGUGCGGCCGACUACCUCUCCUGGCACUCCGGACGGCCACAGCCCUAACCCUUUUCAGCAUGGCCCCUCCCCAUUCAACACCCCGACCUCUCCUCGCGCCCCCUCCCCCACAUCGCCCAACGAGUUCCCCCUGAACGUCAAACAGGCAUACAAGGCUUUUGCCGCCGUGCCGCGCUCCCAGGCAGUUCUGGAGCCCCCGCAGGACCUAUAUGGGGUCAGGAACAAUUUCCAUCCUCAGCAGCCUUCUCCAGAGGUGAGUCAUUUAUGCUUAAAUAUUAAAAAAUUCAUUGAAGUGUUUGAGACUGUGGAUGGUCAGAAGGGCCCUGAGGUGCCCCCCAGGCCGUCCCUCUCCCCUGAGCGGAGAGAGUACAUGAAUCUGGCUGCAGUGCCCCGUCUGUCUAGGCCCUCCGUGGACAUGAAGACUCCUUCUCCUGGGGGUAAGGACAGCCCAGAGCAGCGAUCCUUCAGAGACCGACAGAAAUAUUUUGAAAUCGAUGUUAAGACCCAGACACCAGAGAAACCCAAGCCGCGGGUGUCACUUGUAGGAGCAGAUGACCUGAAGAAGAUGAGGGAAGAAGAAGAGCGUAAAUUUGAGCAGCGAGCUCGGGAGUAUCUCAUGGAUGACGAUGAUGAAGAUGAGGAGGACGAGGACCUGGCUAAGCAGGUGGCUCAGAUGAAGGUCACAGGGAAGGUGCUGUUGGAUGGAGUCGAGUACAAAGUGGAGCCUGCUACCUCCCCAUCGCCGCACUGUGCCACACCACCGGGCUACUAUGGCAGCUCAGGGCCAUCCUCAACUGAUGGAAAAGGAGACUCUCAAAGGAAUUCCUUGGAGGACAGUUUCAGAUUGGAGCAGAGGCCAAACUCUAUGACUGGUCUCAUCCCGGUAUACCCUGGGGACUCCUCAGCUCCCAUCCGCACAGCCAAAGCCGAGCGCAGACACCAGGACCGGCUCCGCAUGCAGAGCCCCGAGCUGGCUGUGGCCCAGGAUAAAGACCUGUCCCCAGCUGAAAAACGUGCUCUUGAGGCAGAGAAGAGGGCCAUGUGGAGAGCUGCACGGCCGUAUGAACUAGAGGAGGAUGUUAGGCAGUAUGAGCAGGACUUGGCUAAGCGACUGUACCAGGCGCGUGUGAGGGCCUCUCAGGGCUCUGCUGCUCCCCAGCCCCCUGCCUCCUGCUCCUCUGCGGCCCCUCAGCUCAGAAUGAAGUCUUUGGAGCAGGAUGCAUUGAAAGCUCAAAUGGUCAUUGCCAAGUCUCGUGAUGGGAAGAAACGUGGCACAUUGGAUCAGCUGACUGAAUCACCAUCUCCUGCCCCUACGCCCUCUCCCACCCCCAUCGAAGAUGUGAGUCCACGAAGUGUAACCUCACCAGGCCGACUGUCCCUGUCGUCAAAGAAGUUUGACUACCGACAGUUCGCUGCCAUUCCUUCUUCCAAACCCGUUUACGACAUUCAGACUCCUGAAGCGGUUGACGACAUGCAGUUCAAUGAUGGUUCUCAUAACACAGCGCCUGUUGCCAGCCCAGAGGCAGACCUCACGGUGCCUCUGCCCACAACCUCGGCCCUGGAGGAGAUGGCCCUCUACAGCAACAAGCGCAAACUGAGACAGGGCCGUCGCAGCCUGGAGACCGCUGUGCCCACAUAACAGCAAAUCAGCACCAAAUCCACCGGGCUGCAAAACCCUGUGGAACACCGGUGUACCCACGAGAGGUGUAUGCCCCCUCAACACUAGACCCUGUGUCAGUAGAGCUACCAUUCACUGCACAAACUCACUGACACCCUCUAUCCUGCGUGCCAGCCUUGCCUUUCACAGUCUACGGACAUUGGACAAGAGGAGGCAAGCGUGGUUAGCCUAGUGUGGUUAGCCUAGCGUUUAGUGUGCUUUAGAAGUAUCCGACAUGGCCGAUUGUUUUUUAGUUUUGUUAUUAUUUACAUAUUUUGCACCUCAAAAAUAUAUAUACUGGAAACAAAAAGAUAUGGGUCCUUCUAGCUGUACUAACAUGCUGAAAUAUAUUUUUAGACUUUGAAUAGAUUGUAAAUGUUAAUGGUUUGAGUUGAAAAGGAGUGUAUAUAUUGAUUGGGAACAGCCUGCUACCUUCGCGGCCACAACUGUAGAUUGAUUUUUUUAAAGAAUGGGACAUAUCACGUUUGCACUGCCACUGUUCUGCUUUUUAAAAUGCAUAUCUCUGUGUAAUUUAUUGUUUUAAAAAAAAUAAUGACAUCUACUUCCAAGACAUUUAACAAUAUAAAACUUUUUUAAUAUCUAUGAGAAAACUAUGACCAUAUGUGAUGAUCAAAUCCAUUUCAUAUACUGACUGUGUUACAUUCCCCGUUGUAGAGAGCACAGCAGCAAAAAGUGAAAUCUAUAUUAAUCAAUGGUACUUGUUUUUCAUGCACAUUUUAGUUUUUGUCUCUUUGCAUCCCGAGUUUUAGAGUGACGUGAAGGUAGCAGUUCCUAUAUUUUUCUGUCUUGAGUAAUUUAAAUGAUGCCACUGAAAUCAUUUAUUAUUGUGUGAAUAAUGUACAAAUAUUGAAAGUAUAGUGAACUUUGGGUGUGCAACUGAGCCAGUCUUGACCAUGACUAUAGGCCGGACUGCUGACUUGGGGCUGGGGGCUCUCUGCAUGUUUGAUGAUUGCAAAUGGGAGAGCUAAGAGAGGCCCGCCCAAGUUUAAAAAUCUCUCUAUCAAGACAGAUUUUCCAUCAGAAUCAAAGCUUGUGUUAAUAAUUUAAUGUUGAAUUUUAGUUUUUCAUGUUGCUCUAAUUGACUGAAAUUCAGUUUGUCAGAUAACAUUUGUGAUGGCUUUUUUUAACUUACAGUAGUUAUUUUUUCAUCCGGGUUUCACUUCAGUAAUAAUGCAGUGUUUUUAAGUCUGUUUUCCUUUGUCUAAUCUUUGGGGGCUGUAACCUGCAGAUGGAUCGAUGGUAAAGGGUUCGAGCUCACACAAGACUGUAACUAGUGAAUUUGUACAACCAAAGAAGUCUAUUUUGUGGUUCAGGAAUAAUAAAUUUUACUUUUCAUUUAAGAGGAA